GUCAAUAGGCAUUCCUUUUGAUAAGACCUAUUUAAGAAAAGUGUUAAUUUUUUUGAUAAGUUUACUUGUGCAGUUUCUUGGCUGUUAUUGAAUUAUUGUAAUGUCGACCGCUUAACUAGUGGGUCGGGUUUUUUUCGCUAUCAAAUUAAAACGGUUACCAAAAAUGUCACCCACACACUUCGAAGGCUACCAGCUGGGAAACCUUCUGAUCGAGGGCAAGACGAAGCAGGUGUACGAUCUGCCUGAUGAGCCAGGACUAUGUCUGCUGCUGAGCAAGGAUCGCAUCACCGCUUUCGAUGGGCUCAAGGCCCACGAACUUCAGGGCAAGGCGGCCAUAUCGAACACCACCAAUGGACAUGUUUUCCGAUUGCUGAACAACGCCGGAAUUCGCACCGCUUAUGUAAAGCCGUGUGGCGAACGGGCCUUCAUAGCCCGCAAGUGUCGGAUGAUACCCAUCGAAUGGGUGACGCGGCGCCUGGCCACCGGAUCCUUCGUCCGGCUUAACCCCGAAGUUCCUGAGGGCUAUCGAUUUGCGCCGCCGAAACAGGAGACGUGCUUCAAGGAUGAUGCCAGCCACGAUCCCCUGUGGUGCGACGAGCAAAUCGUCAAAUUUGAACUCAAUGGCCUGACAAUUGGCCAGGACGAAGUGCAGAUAAUGCGCCGCUCGGCGCUACUCGUCUUUGAGAUUCUCGAGAGAUUUUGGCAAACGAGGAACUGCACCCUUGUCGACAUGAAAGUGGAGUUCGGCGUGGCUGAAGAUGGUAGCAUACUAUUAGCGGACAUCAUCGACUCGGACACGUGGCGCAUUUGGCCGGCUGGUGACAAGAGCCUCAUGGUGGAUAAAACGGUCUACAUUAAUCUGACGUCCGUAACGAAUAGCGAUUUGGAGACCGUGAAACGCAACUAUAGCUGGGUGGUCGAACAAUUGUCGACUAUUGUGCCGCCCAAGAAACACCGGGUGGUGGUCCUCAUGGGCAGCGCAUCCGAUGUCACUCACGGCAAACAGAUUUCCACCUGUUGUCGGUCAUUGGGCUUGGAUGUGGAGCUCCGUGUGUGUUCGUUUGACAAAGGUUCUGAGGAAGCGUUCCGUAUUGUGCGGGAAUAUGAAGCGGCGAUAAGUAACCUAGUUUUUGUCGCUGUCGAUGGCAGAUCCCACGGUUUGGGCACUGUGCUUGCGGGUAACUCCAGCUGUCCAGUUAUAAAUUGUCUGUCCGACUGCCUGAAUCUGCCUUCUGGCAUUGGUUUUGCCACAGUACCUAACCCGGAGGCAGCCGCCCUGCAUGCGGCAUCCAUUCUUGGGCUGGACAACUUCAUGGUGUGGUCCAAGUUGCAAGCCAGUCGGCUCGACAACUUCAUCACCCUCAUUAAAGCUGAUAAGGAGAUGCGCCGAACUUGCAACGUCUGAAAACUUGAAAUCGUUUCUUAUACUUUUGCAGAGAGUAUCAACCACUAGACACGUUAGCGAACAUUUCGGUUGAUUACGUAAAUAAUGGUCUGCAGAACUUUGUUUUCAGCUAAACAAAUAUAAAAAUAAAGACAUAAGUCUAUAUACAUAAAAACGUUUUGAUUAUAGCUGUAAGAGUUUAUAAUAGGCGGCCUGAAAGUUUGAUGAAGUUUUAAGAAGCCGCUUUGUAAAUACUUUUAUAAUUUUCAGGGAUAUCACACAUGAAAUAAGUACAGUUUCAUGCAAUGGAAGAGUUUCCUCGGACAGUUAUGUUUAAAAGUAUAAUAAAAACAAUAAGUUAUAUUUUAAUGCCAUACAAAAAUGUAAUGUAUCAUUUUUGUCAGUAAAAUUGUAGUUAAAUACACGAAGUAGGAAGAGUUACAAAUAUAAUUGCAUACUUUUUGGAGGGUUCAGCUUAUGUACAAUGUGCAAAUAAUGUAUGUGUAUGUAGUAAAGAGAUAAAAAAUUUUUUAUACGUUACGAUUUGAAAAGUCAGCAAUACGGAUUUCGGUUUCCGUACCGCCUUCUAAAAUAAAAAAUGCAUAUAAAUUGUUUGGUCAGAAUUUAAGAUAUCAAUCAAAUUAAAUUAAGACGACAUUUUGAAAUUAAAAUAAAAUAUUACAAAAAAAAAUCAGCUGGGCAAAAUUUUUAUUUUUAAUUUUUCUGAUGAAGAAAUAGCGAUAAGCCUGAGACUAUUUCAGUUUGAGCCAGCGAACCCA